UACACGCAGGCAAGCAGCAGAGCUCGCGACGUUACGCAGCCGCCAUUUUGUUUCACCGGGAGUAAAGAAACCGAGCAGAAGCGCAGCGGCGGGAAUAUUCCCGGUUAUCUGAAGCACCUUCACCACGGCGGAGCGGCAUCGAGCACCCGGUAUAUAGAGUCUCAGGAUAUCUGGAGACAUGGCCGAGGAUCAUGUGAACGGGAACGGUACGGAGGAACCGAUGGAUACGACUGCAGAACCGACACACUCAGAACAUUUCUCAGCCCUACUGGAGGCUGGGUUACCCCAGAGAGUGGCUGAGAAACUAGAUCAACUUUAUGUAGCAGGCCUAGUAGCACAUAGUGACCUAGACGAAAGGGCUAUUGAAGCUUUGAAAGAGUUCAAUGAGGAGGGAGCCCUGCAAGUGCUGGUCCAGUUCAAAGAGAGCGAUCUGUCACACGUUCAAAACAAAAGUGCCUUUCUGUGUGGGGUGAUGAAGACUUACAGGCAGAGGGAGAAACAAGGGACUAAAGUUUCAGACUCCACUAAAGGACCAGAUGAGGCUAAAAUCAAAGAACUCCUGGACAGAACCAACUACACACUCGAUGUUACAACGGGCCAGAGAAAGUAUGGCGGGCCCCCACCUGAGUCGGUGUACUCGGGUGCCCAACCCAACGUUGGGACAGAGAUCUUUGUGGGGAAGAUUCCCCGCGACCUGUUUGAAGAUGAGCUGGUUCCUCUCUUUGAGAAGGCCGGUCCUAUCUGGGACCUCCGGCUAAUGAUGGACCCGCUGAGCGGCCUGAACAGGGGAUACGCCUUCGUCACGUUCUGCACUAAAGAGGCGGCCAAUGAGGCGGUGAAACUGUGUAAUAAUCAUGAGAUCCGCCCUGGCAAGCACAUCGGGGUGUGUAUAUCUGUCGCUAACAACAGGCUAUUCGUUGGCUCCAUUCCCAAGAGUAAAACAAAGGAGCAGAUUGUUGAAGAGUUCGGUAAAGUCACAGAGGGCCUCAGUGACGUCAUACUCUACCAUCAGCCCGAUGACAAGAAGAAGAACCGAGGCUUCUGCUUCCUGGAGUACGAAGACCACAAAACGGCCGCUCAGGCUCGCCGCCGGCUAAUGAGCGGCAAGGUGAAGGUUUGGGGCAACGUGGUGACGGUGGAGUGGGCGGAUCCCAUCGAAGAUCCCGACCCGGAGGUCAUGGCCAAGGUGAAGGUUUUAUUUGUGAGGAACCUCGCCAACGGUGUCACAGAGGAGAUCCUGGAGACGUCCUUUAGUCAGUUUGGAAAACUGGAGCGAGUUAAGAAGCUCAAAGACUAUGCUUUCAUUCACUUUGAAGAGCGGGACGGUGCAGUGAAGGCAUUGGACGAAAUGAACGGCGCCGAGCUGGAGGGAGAGCCGAUUGAGAUUGUUUUUGCCAAACCACCAGAUCAGAAACGGAAGGAGCGUAAAGCCCAGAGACAAGCAGCCAAAACACAAAUGUAUGACGACUAUUACUACUACCCUCCCCCUCCCCACAUGCCUCCUCCUGUCCGAGGCCGGGGCAGAGGCGGCAACCGGGGCGGCUACUCUUACCCCCCCGACUACUACGGCUACGAUGACUACUACGACUACUACGGCUACGACUAUCACAACUACCGCGGCGGCUACGACGACCCGUACUACGGGUACGACGACUUCCAGGCCCCGGGACGAGGGCGGGGAGGCAGCAGGGGCGCCCGGGGCGGAUCCUCUCCGGCCAGGGGACGCGGCGGCGCUGGCGCACCCAGAGGCAGGGCCAACUUCUCCCAGCGUGGCGGACCCGGACCAGGCCGCGGAGGGCGGGGCGCAAGAGGAGGCGUGCAGCCGAGAGGGCGAGGAGGGGUACGUGGUGCUCGGGGUGGCCGCGGUGGAAAUGUAGGAGGAAAGCGCAAAGCUGAUGGGUACAACCAGCCAGAUUCCAAGCGUCGCCAGACCAAUAAUCAGAACUGGGGCUCUCAACCCAUUGCUCAGCAACCGCUCCAAGGUGGUGAUCAUUCUGCAGGGAAAAGGGGUCGAGGCCGGUCCUGAUGUGUCGCUAUGAAGACUGACCGGUGCAUGGCGUUAACACUGCAGGCUGCCAGUGGAUGGAAUGGUAAGGUCACCUGACUCAGUGGUCCAAUGGCGUUCCAGCCUUCCUGUUUUUUUUUUUUUUUUUGUUUUUUUUUUUAAGGAGCACGUCUCCUGAAACUGCCACGUUUGAAGAUAAUCAGAAGAGCAAAAAACUUUUAAGUUUAGACUCCCCGAAUGGACAUGGUUCUGGAGAAGUCUCUGCACUUUGUUUUUGUUUGGAGUGGUUUAGUGGAACUUUGUUUGAGCUCUGAAACUACAUCUUUGUGACGGACUACACGUGAUGAUGUGAUGAUCAGCGGUAGCGUUGAGGCGAUCAACCCGGUGGGAAAUGGUUCUCUAAGCCACAGAGGGUCCGUUAACUACCUCAGAUUUCGAGGACUUCGCCCGCUCUGCCCCCGUUUUGUACUGGAGGAGACCGUGGCGGGGGUUUGCCCUCCCUCCACCUCAGAGAUACGCACAGUCAGCAGCAGCAGCCGCCAUAGACCUCCUGUAAUGAGCCUCAACAAGCUGUGCUGUCUCUACACGGACUGAGUGAGGAUGUAGUUUACAGACAAACUAUUUUAUAACUGUUUAUUUUUCUAUCUUAAAUCAGUGGUUCCCAACCUCUAGGGGGGCCCAAAGCUUUAUGGGAGGGGGGGGGUCACAAGAUUUUCUUCAUUUUAAGGCGUGCUAGGAAACUGUACACAGCAGGCCAAUAUCUCAGAAUUUGGUUCACCUGUCUAAUAGAAGAGCGGCCAAGUGUCAGGGACAAGAAUACACUGACUUUGUCAAAAGAAGCCUUUUAAGUUUGUAUGAUUGUUAAUGAUGAUGAUGAUAAUAAUAAUAAUAAUAAUAAUAAUAAUAAUAAUAAUAAUAAAAUAUACUUAAUACAGAGAAUUGUAUAAAACAAGUUCCCCAAACAGGAAAUAACCUGCUCAGAAUAAAUUCAGAUCUCUCAUUUUA